AUGAAGUUCUUGAAGGAGAGAAGACGAGUUUCUGCCUCCACAAGUUCGAUUUUAACGCUCUGGAUGGCAAAGAGAAAGAUUUUCCUAUCACAUAGUACUUUUGAGUUUUUACGCCUAAGAAGAGAAUAUCUACAGAGCAAGCGUGGAAAGAUCCAGAUGACAAUUGCCGCAGGUCAUACGGCCUACUCGCUUCUGAAUUGGCCCAAAUUCCUCCAACCGGAAACAACUCAUGCAUGCUCCACGGUGGUGGCGGAUUGGAUUGGAUUGGGUGAUUCGUACCCUCAAUACCACCACGGCGCUGGUGGUGAUUGA